AUGACGGCGCCUGCCUAUAAAACUAACUCCUUUGUUCCUCCAGACGUUACAACAGUCCCAGAAGGAGACACGACGGCCAUUGGAGGGACCGUCCUUUUCUCGGUUCAGAUUUUAAUACCAGUCGCCGCUGUCAUUGCCGUGAUCACCAUGUUGCUUUAUCUCAGCUACAAGAAGUACAAACAAUCCAAACUGAAGAGACGUACAAAUUCCGAAUCUGUCAUCAAGAACGGAGACAAUGUUCAGUUGUUGGACAGGAUGAAUAUGGUGAACAAGAACCCCACGUAUUUCAGUCCUAUCGGAGACGGCGUGAGUUCAGAUCGCUACUGUGCCAUCGAGAUACCUCUGGAGAAAGUCAGGCUCUUAGACGCCGUGGGGGAAGGGGCAUUCGGUCAGGUGUACAAAGGGGAAAUGGAGACGGAUUCUGAAGACAGUCCUAUUUUGAUUGCUGUGAAAGUGCUGAAAGAAGGUGCCACGAAUGAAAUUCGGGAGGAUUUUGAGAGAGAAGUGGAAAUCAUGAGUGCUUUUGAUCACGACAACAUCCUCAAGUUACUCGGUGUCGUGGUUGAUGGCGUGGGCCAGUCGCCCUACAUGAUCUUUGAAUUCAUGAAACAUGGCGAUUUAGCGGAACUGCUACGAUGUAACGAUCCGAUCAUACGCACUGAAGACGACUGUGUUAUACUAAGAAAGACGGACCUGAUCGACAUAGCAACGCAGAUUGCCAACGGGAUGACAUAUCUGACGUCACAGCAUUUUGUGCAUCGUGACCUAGCAACGCGAAACUGUCUCGUGGGAGAGGGACUCGUUGUUAAGAUAUCCGACUUCGGCAUGUCACGAGACAUUUACACGUGUGAUUAUUAUAAAAUUGGCGGAUCUAGAAUGCUUCCUGUAAGAUGGAUGUCACCAGAAAGCGUAAAGUAUGGACGAUUUACCUCCGAGUCAGAUGCGUGGGCGUACGGUGUCGUACUAUGGGAGAUUUUCAGUUAUGGGAAACAACCGUACUACGGCCACACGAACGAGGAGGUGGUGCGGUUUUUGGACGAAGGUAUUUCUCUGCAGCGCCCGGAUGAUUGUCCAUCUACAAUCUAUCACGUGAUGCUGGGAUGCUGGAAACGAGAUCCAAAAGAGCGCUUUGGCUUCAAGAGCAUUCAUCAAUAUCUUGUUGAAUACAGCAAACAGUUAUUGAGGAACAUCCACUCACAGUCUCUGGAUGUGGACAGCUUUAAUGACGUCAUAACGUAAACGCUGACGUCAUAGAAUAUGGUGGUGUGCUACCGACAUUGUUAUGCUUCGUGAGAAUUGCUGUAAAUAUUCGUAUUGUGGUUUCCAUGACAGAAUUUUUAAAGAUCGAGAGAGCCCAGAUUUCAACAUAAGGGAAUUACGUGACGUGAAAUGGACACAGUUAAGGAAUACAAAUACCAUCUUGGAUUUAUUUGCGCCUGGUUGGGUCGAUUCGACAUGGGUAUACACCUUUCGGAUAUUCUCUAAAAUCUUCAGACAAUAUUGGAUAUCGUUUGCCAUCAUUAAAUAUCCUCAGGCUUCAUCGGAUGUCCUCGAGCAUCAUCGGAAGCUAACCUUGGCCAUCAUCGAACAUGCUCGGACAUCAUCGGAUGCCACCCAGCAUCAUCGGGAAGAAUUUGACGUUGACGUGUCUGGAAGUUUCAUGGAAGUUUAUAUCUUCAGGAGAAAGUCUGAUUUUGUAAAAAAUUUUGUGAACGCAGGUGGCCUUUGGGAAUCUUCAUACAGGAUUAUUUGUU